AUGAAGAGCAUGCGGGCCGUCGUCGCUCGAUCCGGCCCUAACUGCGAAGCUCCGGGUUUGGAGACCUCCCGGGUCAACUGGGCUGCGGGCACUCGGCGCUUGGGUCACAAGUUGGCCGCCACGGCCUUGACGUCAAAGGAUCUGCUGGUGAGCGCAAUGAGCAAAAUCGGUGAGGGCAGCCGCAUUUGGCGAGGAGGCUUGCCACCACUUCCACCAGGCCUUCAUGAGCGUCCCGAGGGCGUGGUUGAAGUGGCCCUGCCGUCUUCUGAAACUGAGCGUCUUGAGCGCUUGAGAGAUUUGGGCAGAACGAUGCAGGGUGGAAGUAUACUGGUGCUCGGCCGAAGACGUUUGUAUCCCGUGCGCCCGCAGCAUCAGUCUAUUGGCCAAGUGAGUGCUGCUUCUUGUGAAGCUGCUUUGGAUGCACUGGCAAGCUCCAUUUGUCAAGAACUGCUGGACGAAGGCUAUGGCCUUGACGACAAAGGUGUUGCUGUGCAAUUUCUCCACCGCCGCGGGACACUGGGCGUGCCGAGCGAUUUCGACGACGACACGCCAGAUCCAGACUACCUCAAGCGGCACAAGAUCGACGAGGGUGCCCUUCAUAAGCUUGCGUUAGAGUGUGCAGUCAACAUUUCGGUCAGCCCUGGCAUGCAGCUGGUUUCCGAAUGCGGCCUUGACCCAGUUCUCCACCAACCUACUUUCGUCGUGUGCAUUGGAGGGGGACAGCUGCGUGUCCUCACUUUUGCUUUCGUAGCCGGUCCCGUAACCGGCGAUCGUCCAGACCGGAAGCGGACACCGUUUGCCAUUCGACUGGCAACUGAUGACCUCGUGGCACUCAGUCGCACCAAAGCGACUGAAAAGGUUUCCAAGCUUCGAUAUGCUGCACACGCUGUCGAUCCGGCAGUCCAGACAAGCCUGGACAUGAUCGUAAUGCUUGAGGAGGAGCUCUUUCAUGCGAACGAGGCCGGUGAUUGGGAAAAGCUGGCUGCCGUCGGCACGGCGGAGGCUGACGAUGAGACGGAGGCACCGUCGACAAGCUGCACUUCAAGCGAGAGCAAGGCAAUCUCCACAGAUCUUGCUGAAGGCUACUCGGGAACAUUUCCCAUGCCAGCUCAGAGUGAGGACCCGUCGCCUCCAUCGCCAAGCUCUCGUCGCUUCAGCUGGCUGCUACGCAGAUUGUCAGCGAAGGAGGACCACGCAGACAGCGCAAGCGGUGCGUUCGGAAGUGUGCCAGGCACAGACGGAUUGUAA